AUGGGGCCCCUCGAUAGUGCUGCAGAGGAACUACACCUAGAGGGUUUACCUGCAGCAGAGAGAAGAAGUCUUCAUUUAUUUCUUACUGUUGAGGCCCUUAACGCACUCCUUAAAUCCUCAGAGGAAGGAUCAUCUCCUCCUUCUCCUGGGGGUACCCCCGCAGGGGCCCCCGGGGGCCCCCCACAGACAUCUACUCCAGCAGCAGCUCAACAAUUUGUGCCUCUGGUUUCUGCUGCUUCUAAACAACUUCAGACAUUUCGUGGAGAGCUGCAGGCGCUGCUUCAAGAGCAGCAGCAGCAGCAGUCAUUGACCUCUAGGAUCCCGCUGCAGCAGCAGCAGCAGCAGCAGCAGCAGCAGCAGCAAGCAGCAACACAUGUGUUUGCUGCAGGAUCUUUUGCAAGUUUAUUUGGUUUUGGCGAACCUUUGCUGGAAUGUCUGCAUGCGCAAUUGAAAGUGUUGGAGAAGGCCUGUUGCAGUCCUGCUGCUGCUGCUGCUGCUGCUGCAGCGCAGCAAGACAAGGAAAGCCGAGCUGCCUUCUGUGUUGCAGGUCAUUUGCUGCCUCUUCUUGAUCAACUCUUUUGCUGUCUUGCUGCUCUUGUUUUUAUCCUUAGACACGAGCUGCUCCCGACCAAGCAGCAGCAGCAGCAGCAGCAGCAGCAGGUGUUAUCUCGUGGCUGGUUUUUUGCUUCUAUCUUUGGUCAAUGCAUGCAUUUAUGUAGUAGGGCUUUAGAUUGCUGCAUAAAGGUGCAGCAGCAGCAGCAGCAGCAGUUUGCUGCUGCUUCUCUUACAGGAUUAUCUUUAUCUGUGCUGCAGCUACUUGCUGCUGCUGCUGCUGCUGCAUGGCCGCUGCAGCUAGCAGCACAUGCUGCUCGUCUUAAGACUGCAGCAGACUGCAGCAAAAUAUUUAGCUGCUGCUUCCUUGCUCCUAUUCCUCCUGCAGGUGGUUUACCUACAGGUGCUGCAUGCAGCAUCGCGCUGCAUGAGUUGCUGCUGCUGCUGAUGCACUGCAUCUAUGCAGAUGACAGCAGCAGCAGCAGCAGCAGCAGCAGCAGCAGCAGAUUUGUAACCUACAAGGAAGUUAUCCUCUGGUGUAUGCGGUGUAUAUACCUUGUUUCUGGCUGCUUUGACACCAAUGACGACGUACACUACGCAGCAGCAGCAACAGCAACAACAGCAACAGCAGCAGCAACAGCAGCAGCAGCAGCAGCAGAGGGAGCAACAAAUGAUACAGCUGCAGCAACAGCAGCAACAGCAGCAGAUAAGGAAGCAAGAAUAACAGCAAGAGAUGCUGCUCUUAAAGUAUACCCACGGAUUGCUGCAUGCUUGUUUUCUCUCCUUACGGGUCCUUCCCUUCCCCACUGCAGCAGCAGCAGCAGCAGCAGCAGCAGCGGCAGCAGCAGCAGCAGCAGCCUGGUGAGGAUACCAACACCACGACGUCUCCCUCGCCGAGUUGCGUUUGCUGCUGCUCUUGCCUUAAGGAGAUGGAUGAAGGUCGCCCUUAGGCCUGUAGCAGCAGCAGCAGCAGCAACAGCAGCAACAGCAGCAGGAGCAGCAGCAAAUGAUGAUGAGGAGCAGCAAGAGGAAGAGGACAAAAGGAGAUAUGAGCAACUGCUGCAGUUGGUACAAACAGCAAACACAAACCCUAGAGCAGCAGCAACAGCAGCAGCAGCAGCAGCAGCAGCAGAACAAGAAGAGGAAAAAGAAGAAGAGGAAGAAGAGGAAGGAGAAGAAAAGAAGAAAAAAGAAGAAAAUAUAUCUGCUGCUGCUGCUCUUUCUUUGCUCUCUUCUCCUGCAUCACCACAAAUAUUAAAUAAAGCAUUUAAAGAAACAGCAAAAAGGCUUGAGGUCAUAAACCCUAAACCCUAA